GUUGAUGGGUGUUGUUUCGACGGGCAGAAUAAGGGAGAAAAAUAAUAUAAAAAUUCUAUAUAUUUUUUUUUUCCCUUCUGCGUUGAAAUUGUAUUCCACUCGGGAAAGCUUAACAAACGAUCGUGUCAAGGACAACAGUGCAGGAGCUACAGUGUUGUUCAGCCUGGAAAACUUGUUUCCAUUGUGGUCUCCAUGGUGAUGUUUCCGUCCAUCCGUACGGACGUUUGUGUGGUGGUGUUGGUGGCCUCUGAUUCCGAUCUAGGAUAGACAGAAAGAGAGAGAGAGAGAGAGAAGUAUAGUUUGUGUUAGUCCGUUUUGGACGAUUGUUUGCAAGUUGUCGGUACGGUUGGUUGCCGAUACGUUUUGGGAGAGCCAAAGAGAGUUAGAAAGUGACCUUUUUUACACUCUCAAAUUCAUGGAAAGUGAAAACGACAGAAGAAACAACAACAAAAAAAAAAGCGCGCUUUCUAGUGUAAAUUCGAAAGAGAAAAGAUUUUUUUUCUUCCCUCAAUUCUCUUUCUUAACUUUUAUUUUUCGAAAAAAAACUAUUCUAGUGGAAACCAGCUCUGACCGUGUCGGUCUCUCUCUCGUCGUCAAGUGCAUUCGAUGUUGAAUAGAGUCGUAGAUUUUUAAUUUUUCCGUUUGAGCCAAAAUAAAACAGCACAACAGUUACACAAGUGUGUGUGUGUGUGUGUGUGUGUAUCUCCCUCCGAGCUACAGAUAUAUACUUUACUGAAAAAUAUAUCAGAUAACUGCGUGAAACGCGUCAACGUUUCUUUGUGUCGCGUGUGUGUAUGUGUCCCGUUGUGUAAUCAUUUCCGCUGUGGGAACAAACAAUGGAGACGAGUAGGUAUCGCAGUAAUCGCUCGGGCGGAAUCCUCGGCCAGCAGAGCGGAAGCAGUGCUAGUAGCACGGCUAGUAGUAACAAUUCGGCCAGUACAACUGCCUCUAGUGGAGUGUCUAUAACUUGGACGAGGAGUUGCCAGGCGACUUGCAGUAAGCAGCCUUGCUUGAGCUGCGCGGGCAAUCCUCUAUUGACGCCGGCCAACAGUCCAGCCGCAGCAGCAGCCGCAGUAGCAGCCGCUGCAUCCGCAGCUGAAACGGAGCAUCGUAUUUACUUGCGCAGUCACCGGCAGCGACGCAAUCAACAGCUGCUGCAAAUUCAACAACAACAGCAACAGCAGCAGGUCGCCAAUUUAACCCUGCGUCCAUGGACGCGGUCCCGUGCGCAGCAGGUGCUGCACCACUAUCAGCUUGAACAACUUCAUCCGUCUCACACCGGUGUCGUUUACCUGACCAACCCCAGCGAGCGGGCUGCCAGCAAAACGGGCAUACCAUUGGUCCAGCAAUUACCACCACCGCCAUUACCACAACAACAACAACAGCAACAACAGAACGUCCGAUUGGCCUUGGCCGCUGUCACCAGAGCCUCAUCAUUGCCCACGGGUGUGGACCGGCGUCGCGUGACGCGUGGGAUGACAAUGGGUCAGAAGGUUUCUGGCGGAGUUAAAGGCCUGAGCGGUCGAGAAGGCAGUCACUCAUCGCUUGGAGGAGCCAAACCAUCCAAUUCUCGGCAUGAGAUGCCACACGAUUUUACCAAACCUUCGCGGCUGGAAGCCCUGCUCGACAUGCCGCCCACAUCCAGGGAGGUGGAGCUGAAACAUGCAUGGAACGCAGACGACCGGUCGCUCAACAUCUUCGUCAAGGAGGAGGACCCGUUGACGUUUCAUCGGCACCCAGUGGCUCAGAGUACGGAUUGCAUUCGCGGCCGAGUGGGUUUCACGCGCGGUCUCCACGUCUGGGAGCUCAAUUGGUCGACACGCCAACGCGGCACUCACGCUGUCGUCGGCGUCGCCACCCUCUCGGCUCCGCUACACUCGGUCGGUUACCAAAGUCUGGUGGGAAGUAACGACCAAUCGUGGGGCUGGGAUCUUGGCCGGAAUAAACUCUAUCACGACUCGAAAAACCAAGCCGGAACGACGUAUCCAGCUAUCCUCAAGUCGGAUGAGAAUUUCACCGUUCCAGAUUCGUUUUACGUCGUUUUGGACAUGGACGAAGGAACACUAGCCUUUGUCGUCGACGGACAGUACUUGGGCGUGGCUUUCCGAGGUCUCAAAGGAAAGAAGCUUUAUCCGAUCGUCAGCGCCGUCUGGGGGCAUUGCGAGAUCACUAUGAAAUACAUUGGUGGACUUGAUCCCGAACCGUUGACGUUGACGGAUCUGUGUAGGCGAGUGGUGCGCCAAACGGUAGGGAAACACCGACUUGAAAGGCUGGACGAGCUCAACUUACCGCCGGCCCUCAAGAGCUACCUACUCUACCAACACCGGCGAUGAUCCGUCUUAGCGCAGAAAUGAAA